AUGUACCUAUCUCAAGGUAAUGUCCUCAAGGUACGGAUAUCCGUACCUGCCUUAUCUUGCUGCGACAGAGGAGCAAGGGGGAAAACAAAGAACGGCAUUGGUUCCACAAUUACCCGGUCGGGCGAUGAAUCAGUUUUGCAAACACAAGCUUCAACUACCUUACCUUACACCGAGGGGGCACCUUUCCGUACAAAGGAGACUGAAAUUCCAACGUUGGUUGCCUCUGCAACUCAACCGUUCGUCCCUCUUUCAUCGACUAUCCGUCGUUGGCCUGGCCCCAAAACAGCCAACCAACCGUCGCCUCACCGGUCUGACACUAAGCUACUCAUUCCUCGCCAGCACGCAUCUCCGCGCACGAGUUUUGGUUUCGGUGCCUCGUGGCCGUCGUCGUCACGUCUGUCCGGAGCCAGCCCAGGUGCGGAAUGGCUGGUGCCAGAGCGACUGGUGACGGGUGACAAUGGGCGGCACAGCGCGAGCAAAUGGGUCGAGUCUGUCGUCCAAAUCUACGAAUAG